GGGACGGAGUCGUCAGCCGUAUCUCCUGCUAAAUUCACGCCCCCAUCCUAUCUCGGGCGCUUCUCUCCCUGACUAAGUUUAUAAGUACUGACUAAGUAUUAGUUGUAAGAUGCAUAGUCUCCUUUAUUCAGUAGGAUUCAACAACAGCAGAAAAUCUGCCGAGACCUAUUAUGUAAAAGUAAUGGAGGAAAUAUAGCGUAGUCUACGAUCGAACUGAGGCGAGUGUCCAAGGAAGCGUAAUUUUAGUGGUAAGUAGUUCUGAAGAAGGCUAGGCUGCAAGGGUGAAGCCCGUUUUCGGAACACUGUGAUGAGUGCGACAGAGAGGACCUCCGGAAUUUCAACUUAACGGAAUUUUUGGAAGAGAAAUUCAGAUACGACAGUGAAAAGGUCAACAUAUGCUAAAUGCGCCUUCCUGUCGACAAUACUAGAACAAUGAGCUGUGGUUCUAGCAACUUUCUGCUAGUUCCAAUACCGGAGUAUCCCGUUCUGGACUGUGAUCCUAACAAAAACGUCAAGAUUGUCGUGCUUGGCGCAAGUAACGUGGGGAAAACAGCUUUAAUUGUAAGAUUUCUAACCAAGCGGUUCAUCGGAGAUUAUGAGGCAAACACAGGGGCCCUCUAUUCACGAAAAAUCACCUUGGACGGAGAGCAGGUGUCUCUACAAGUGCAAGACAAUCCAUGUGUCGCGCUCCAGGACGAUGCAGAAGGUCUGUACUGCCAGGAACAGAUUAAUCGCUCCAUCUACUGGGCCGAUGGCUAUGUUCUAGCAUUCUCCAUCACAGACCUUAGUAGCUACCGCACCAUACAGCCACUCUACCAGCAUGUGCGUCGCAUCCACCCCAGUGGGAACAUCCCUGUGAUCCUGCUGGGCAACAAGAGUGACCUGCUGCGGGCCCGCCAGGUGCCCGCGCAUGAGGGGGAGGCCCUCGCUGCUGAGCUGGGUGGGACAUACUUUGAGACCUCAGCACGAGAGAACCACGAAGGCGUCCAUUCUGCAUUUCUGCACUUGUGCCAUGAGGUGAGCCGCGCCCUUGGAGGUAGUAAUGGAGAGAAGAGAAGAGGGGGGCUUCACCUGGCCAGGCCCAAGUCUCCCAACAUGCAAGAGCUCAAGAGGAGGUUCCGGCAAGUUCUGUCCUCCAAGGUGAAGUCAGCCACCACGCUAUGAAAGGAAUAGUGCACCUUAAAGACUUGGAGAAUGUUCCAUCAUCAGAAUAUAGCUCAGCCGUUAUUGUCAUUGCAAUACAAAUAAGGACCUUUUUUGAGACAAAACGAGUGGGAUUGACUGGUCAAGGAUUAUUUUGGUUUCUUUAACAUUUUGUUAAUAUUUUUUCAUUGGUUUUAUGUAAGCAUGAUCUAUCAUAUCACAUUCCAGUAAUGUGAUAAUUCAAUGAGGUCAUUUCUGAGAAAGUGUGUGGCAGGGUGGAGUACUUCAGUUACUGGUGAAAACUUUCUCCAUCUUACCAUUCAUGACAAAUCUGUUGCGAUCUGCUGAACAAAAAAACAAUUCUGGAUC